AUGACUAGACCUGACUUAGCCUUCUCAGUUCAGGUUCUGAGUCAGUUCAUGCACUGCCCCAAAGAGUCUCACAUAGAAGCUGCAUUGAGAGUAGUUAGGUACAUAAAAGAAGCCCCUGGUCUUGGACUACUAAUGCCAGCAAAAGACACCAACAAGCUUCUAGCCUACUAUGACUCAGAUUGGGGAAGCUGCUUGGAAAUAAGAAGGUCUGUAACUGGCUACUUGGUCAAGUUUGGUGGAGCCUUGAUAUCCUGGAAAUCUAAGAAACGGGAGACUGUAACCAGAAGCUCAGCUGAAGCUGAGUUUAGGAGCAUGGCUCACUGUGCUGCUGAAGUUACAUGA